AUGCCGCGCCAAUCUAAGGCUUCCACGCGUCACGUCCCAGGCCUCCCGUCCACGGCUUUCGUCCUCGACAAUGGAGGCUACACAAUCAAAGCAGGCUUCGCGCCCACAGAUGCAGCAGCCGCCGACGACGGCGCGGCACUCGCCCGGUGUCACACAAUACCCAACGCAAUUGUACGGAGCCGAGAAAGAAAGACCUACGUUGGCUCUGAGAGCGCACAAAUCACACAAUGGAGCGAGGCCCUGUUUCGCCGACCUGUCGAGAAUGGCCAGGUGGUGAGCUGGGAAGCAGAGAAGGAGAUCUGGGAUCGAUCGUUCUUCGACGAGAAGACGGCUGGGAAGGAUGUUCUGGUCAAAAGCCCUGAAGACACGACCCUGAUUUUCACGGAGCCGCCGAACAGUAUGCCGGCGCUCCGGAAGAAUGCGGACGAAAUCAUCAUGGAAGAAUGGGGGUUUGGUGGCUACUCCAGAAUGAUCGGUCCUUCGCUGAACGCAUACAAUGAUCUUCAUCCUCUGUUUGAAGACGUACCCAGCGCGUCACACGACCCCUCCUUCGCACAGUUGCCUAUGGAGUGUCUGAUGGUCAUUGAUGCCGGUUACAGCCACACCAUCAUCACCCCUCUGUACAAAGGGCGGCCUCUCCAUCGAGCGGUACGCCGUCUGGAUUUUGGUGGAAAGCACCUGACAAACUUGCUGAAAGAGAUGAUUUCCGUCCGGCACUUUGAUCUACAUCAGGACACUAAGAUCGUCAACGACAUCAAAGAGGAGGUGUGUUAUGUUAGCAAAAGCUUCCGAGAAGACCUCGAGAAGACGUGGAAAGGCAAUAAAGGCCGUUCAAAGCCCGCUUCCGCGAAGGCUGUACUACGGGAUGCUGGUGGCGGUGUCGGUUCGAUGGAACUUGAUGAGCGGCAAGACGACGAAAUCCGCGUCGACUACGUCCUACCGGAUGGCAUACAUUUACUCAAGGGCUUCAGUCGUCCUCACGACCCUACUCCUGCGGCGAAGAAGCGCAAACAAGCCGCCCUGGCUGGCGCAACCAGUGUUGACUCGGAGAUUACAAUGACUCUGGGCAACGAGCGCUUCACCGUCCCCGAGAUGUUGAUGUCGCCGAGUGAUAUCGGAUCCAAGCAGCCUGGGAUCCCGGAUAUCGUCAUGCAGUCGCUGUCGGUGCUUCCUCCACUGGUGCAAGCCACGAUGCUGAGCAACGUCCUAGUUGUGGGCGGAUGUGCCAAGAUUCCGGGGUUUGUCGAACGUAUCGAGGCGGAACUCAGGGCGCAAAUCAAGACGGACUGGGAGGUUCGCGUGCGCAAAAUGAACGACCCCGUUACUUCGACUUGGCUCGGGGGUGCGAGGAUGGCCAGUCACUUCCCGUCUGUGGUGCGGGAAUACGGCAUUACCAAAGAGGAGUAUUGGGAACAUGGCAGUGCCUGGGCCACGAGGCGCUUUGCCUAUGGCAGUAAGUAG